CACAUGCCAUAAAUGUUCCUUUAUACAUUUACUCUUCUCCCGCAUUCACACACUCCCACUAAACACCCAUCUAUCUCAUCGUUAAUUGGCUCUCCCCUCUCUAUAUAUUCUCCCCUAAAUUCUCAAUCUCUUAUUCCCUUUCUCUCUUCUCUUGCAAAUCUCAAUCUUCUCUCUCUCUCUCUCACGAACCAUGGCCUCAAGAGGAGCCACUGUUUUCAUAUUGGCAAUGAUGGCAUUGGUUCAGAUGCGAAUAUGCACGUCGGAGAUAAACCGUCAAAACUUCCCCAACGGCUUCGUUUUCGGAACUGCUUCUUCGGCUUUUCAGUAUGAAGGAGCAGUGAAAGAAGAUGGGAGGGGACCAUCAGUGUGGGAUACAUUUUCACAUACUUUUGGUAAGAUACUUGAUUUCAGCAAUGCUGAUGUUGCUGUUGAUCAGUACCACCGAUACGAAGAAGAUGUACAACUGAUGAAGGACAUGGGGAUGGAUGCCUAUCGAUUUUCCAUUUCUUGGUCUCGGAUAUUUCCCAAUGGAUCUGGCCAAAUCAAUCAAGCAGGGGUUGAUCAUUAUAAUAAACUCAUAAACGCUUUACUAGCCAAAGGAAUUGAACCAUAUGUGACCCUCUAUCACUGGGACCUACCUCAAGCAUUGGAAGACAAGUAUAAUGGAUGGCUAAACACUUCAAUCAUAAAGGACUUUUCAACUUAUGCUGAGACAUGCUUUCAGAAAUUUGGGGACAGGGUUAAGCAUUGGAUCACAUUCAAUGAGCCACAUACAUUUGCCACACAAGGGUAUGAUGUUGGUCUACAAGCGCCUGGACGAUGCUCUAUUCUCCUUCACCUGUUUUGUAGGGCAGGGAACUCUGCUACUGAACCUUACAUUGUUGCCCACAAUGUUCUACUUUCUCAUGCGGCAGUAGCAGAUAUUUAUAGAAAAAAAUAUAAGAGUGCACAGAAAGGAUCGCUAGGGAUAGCUUUUGAUGUCAUUUGGUAUGAGCCAGCGACAAAUACUCAAGAAGACAUUGAUGCAGCUCAGAGAGCUCAAGAAUUUCAACUAGGAUGGUUUCUUGACCCUUUAAUGUUUGGGGAUUAUCCAAGCUCCAUGAGGAGUAGAGUAGGAAAUAGGCUUCCAAAGUUUUCACAAGUCGAGGCUGCUCUUGUUAAGGGUUCAUUAGAUUUUGUGGGAAUCAACCAUUACACCACAUUUUAUGCAAGAAACAAUUCUACUAAUCUAAUUGGAGCUCUGCUCCAUGAUUCCAUUGCAGACUCUGGCACCAUUACCCUCCCAUUCAAUGGUACUAAAGCUAUUUCAGAUAGGGCAAAUUCUAUAUGGUUGUAUAUUGUGCCACAAAGCAUGAGAAGCUUAAUGAUCUACAUUAAACAAAAGUACGGAAACCCUCCUGUCUUUAUCACGGAAAAUGGGAUGGAUGAUCCAAAUAGUCCAUUUAUCUCCAUUAAGGAUGCUCUAAAGGACGAAAAACGGAUUAGAUACCACAGUGGCUAUUUAUCUUACUUGUUGGCUUCUAUCAAAGAUGGGUGCAAUGUGAAAGGCUAUUUUGUAUGGUCACUACUGGAUAAUUGGGAGUGGUCAGCCGGAUACAGUUCUAGGUUUGGACUGUAUUUUGUCGAUUACAAAGACAAGCAGAAAAGAUACCCCAAACAAUCAGUCCAAUGGUUCAAGAGCUUCUUGAAUCCUACAAAAUAAAUGUGAAAAUAUGUGCAACUGAUAUAAAACAAAGUUGUAUUUUAUUAGAUUUGAAUUGAUAAGAUUUUGAAAUUUGUUUUAUGGUUGAAACUUAUUAUAAUAAAAUUUAGAUUUAAGAAUGAUUUGUGAA